AUGGCUACUCACUUACCUGAUGAUUUCAAGUGUCCAAUUUCGCUUGAAAUCAUGUCCGACCCGGUUAUUCUCUCUACGGGUCAUACCUUUGACCGCUCCUCAAUUCAACGGUGGCUGGACUCCGGCCACCGUACUUGUCCAAUUACCAAACUCCCCUUGCCUCAACACCCUUGUCUCAUUCCCAACCACGCCUUGAGAAGCCUGAUUUCCAGCUUUACCGUCCCAAAAUUGCAGCCAGACCCGAACCCGUACCGGAACCCCAACCCAAACCCAUCGAAGAAAUACCAAACCCAGCUCUUAAUCUCCACUCUCGUAUCCCCAUCUUCGACUCUGGAGUCCAAGCUUCAUUCGCUGAGUCAAGUCACUAGACUCACAAAGCUCGACCCCGGUCUCCGACGCCAACUCACCGAGUCUGGCGCCGUCUCAGCGGUUCUAAACUGUGUCAACUCGACCGAGUGCGAAAUCCAAGAGAAAGCGCUGGCCUUCCUCCUUAAUCUCUCUCUUGAUGAUGAUAACAAGGUGGGCCUUGUAGCAGAAGGUGUAAUUGGUCUGGUCAUAAAUGUUAUCCGGGUCGGGUCGUCAAGUUCCCGGGCCAUUGGUUGCACAAUUUUGACAAGCUUGGCUGUUGUAGAAGUAAACAAAGCCACAAUCGGAGCAUACCCGAAUGCGAUAAAAUCGCUUAUUUGGGUUCUUUAUAACGGAAAAGGGCGUGAAGUGAGGGAAGCAGCCACUGCAUUGUAUGCAAUUUGUUCAUUUGUUGAUAAUAGAAAGCGUGCUGUGGAGUGUGGAGCUGUUCCAAUUUUGACGAAAAUUGGUGGGAUGGGGCUUGAAAGAGCGGUGGAAGUGCUGAGUUUGUUGGUCAAAUGUAAGGAAGGGAGGGAGGAAAUGAGGAAGGUUAAUGGGUGUUUGAAGCUUUUGGUUAAGGUUAUUAGGAAUGGGAGCGAAAGAGGGGUGCAAUGUGCGCUUUUUACCUUGAAUUGUUUGUGUUGUUUCGCCGAGGAAAUACGCAUUGAGGCAGAAAAAGAUGGGGUUUUGGAGAUUUGUGUUGGUUUUUUGGAUGAUGAUAAUGAAAAAAUUAGAAGGAAUGCGUCGAGUUUGGUGCAAACUUUAAGUGGUAGGGGGUAG